AUGUUGCACAGCCGGUUGUGCAGCGUUGUGUGGUAUGCGAUUCUGCUGUCUCCUACUGGUCCUUGCAAAGCGACAAGCUUUUACGUCGAUUAUAUGGUUGCUGUGCCAGUCAAUCCGGCGACGCUGAAGGAGCAGUGGGCAAUGAAUAUCUGCCGAUAUCUGGCGAAUCCAAUUGCACAGGAUAUCCUGAACGGAUUUCGUUUAUGCCAUCAACCUCGACUCUGUCUGCGACAUUUCAAUCCUCGAACGGUGACGAUGAGCCCAACUGGUGCGUUGGUGAGGUCUCCUUCAUGCGGAAACGAUAUGCCUAUUCUGGAUUUUGCGCAGUAUGCUGCUUUGAAUGCAGAGUUUAACCAAGCCCUCAGCAAACUACUUGAUGGUAUGGAGAAGUGCCAGAACUCGAACACCAUUGCAAUGAUGCUGAAGAUCGUUCAAGACCUUGUCAAAUGCAGUGAUGAGAGAUGCGGACGACCGCUGAACUCCAGCAGCGAUGUACGAUUGCAUCGCUUCCACCAGUUACAAAGCAAAUUCGUGUGCAUGGAGUGCUUUAGCACAACUGAAACCAUUCGCACGGAGCAGGAGAUGAUUGAGCAUUUCGCUCUGAAGCAUAGUCAAAGAAACCGCGAAGAGAUGCGGACGACCGCUGAACUCCAGCAGCGAUGUACGAUUGCAUCGCUUCCACCAGUUACAAAGCAAAUUCGUGUGCAUGGAGUGCUUUAG